CCCCGGUAACCGGAGGCGGAAUUGCGACCUGGCGGGAGAUUCGGGCGCUGCCGGGCGGAGCGGGCGGCCCGGCGCGGGGAGGUGGAACGGAGUGGCGGAAGCAACCCGGGGCUCGGGGGAGCGGGUCCUUGGAGCCGCCGGAGCAUGGUGCAGAUUGUCAUUUCCAGCACGGGUGCUGGAGACCUGGCACAGUGGGUGCUGGUGGAGCUGCAGGGUGAGAUUGAGCCCCGGCAGAGUGGGGAGCUGUCGGGGAGCCUGCUUGGAGACCUACAUUACACCCAUGAGGGUGUCCCUGUGCUCAUCGUGGGCCACCACAUCCUCUACGGGAAGCUGGUGCAGCUGGAGAAGCCUUUUGCUGUCCUGGUGAAGCAGGGGGCUGGUGAGCCUGGCACCAAGCCCAGCUCCACAGAGCCACACACCCACUACACUGUCACAGCCCUCAUCAAAACCAAGCUCCUCUUCAAAACCCGCCCGAAGCCCAUCAUCACCAACGUCCCCAAGAAGGUGUGAGGACUCAGACUGGUGGUCAUGCACUCUUCUCUGCUGCCAGGCAGCUCUGGAUGCUGCUGCCGAGUGGGGGUGAUCCAGGGCUGGUCCUUGCCUCUUCGCUGUCCUGUAUGGAAGGCUCUGGGGCUAGCUUAAGGUGCUGGAUGUCCAGGAUCCAAAAUCCUUCAUGGGUCACUUGUUCCUCUGAGAAUGACCCCAUUUAAGAGCUGCUGAUCUGUGGGGCACAAACCCAAGCUCUGGGGCAUAACCUUACCUGCCAUCCCAGGUAAAAAGUCUCCUACUGCACAAGAACCUCCUCAGAGCUCAUGCAGAGCUGUCCCACAUCCUCUCCACACACAGCCUUUUCUCUGUGCAAUUAUUUAUUUUGCUAAAUCCCCCAGGAUAUAAAAACAGACUUUUCAAAAUAAGAAAACAACACCACCCCCCCAGGUUAAAAAAUAAAUAGAUUUACAAACCAUCA